GCCUGCCUCUGUGCGCGUUCGCGACGCCCCAGGGUUUUGGAGAUUUCGGUGCCAUCUCCGCGCUCCCGAUGGCAGAGAGGAGAGUUUAGGAUUGUGUGCGUCCCGACAGGAAACCGACGAAAAGCAUAAAAUGUUGAGAUGAGCAGCCGCCCGUGAUCGAGCUCGGACAAUCAUCCAGCCCUGAUUGGACCUUUUCUUUUCCUCUUGACGAGUUGCUGGCGGUGGGAGCCAUGGAGACGGUGGUGAUCGUAGCCAUUGGGGUGUUGACCACCAUUUUCCUGGCCUCCUUCAUUGCCCUGGUGGUGGUGUGCAGACACCGCUACUGCUACCCUCACGACCUGCUGCACCACUUCGACUCCAAACCGACGGUCGAUCUGAUCGGAGCCAUGGAGACUCAGAGUGAACUGUCGGAGCUGGAGCUGGACGACGUGGUCAUCACCAACCCUCACAUCGAGGCCAUCCUGGACAACGAGGACUGGAUCGAAGACGCCUCUGGUCUGGUCUCUCACUGUAUCUCCAUCCUGAAGAUCUGCCACACCUUGACUGAGAAGCUGGUUGCCAUGACAAUGGGCUCAGGGGCAAAGGUCAAAGCGCCAGCGAGUCUGAGUGACAUCAUCACCGUGGCAAAACGCAUCAGCCCGAGGGUGGACGACGUUGUCAGAUCCAUGUACCCUCCUUUGGAUCCAAUUCUCCUGGAUGCCAGGGCCACCGCUCUGCUCCUCUCAGUCAGCCACCUGGUGCUGGUCACCCGCAACGCCUGUCACAUGUCUGGCAGUAUGGACUGGAUCGACCAGUCGCUCCACGCCGCAGAAGAUCACAUGGUGGUUUUGCGUGAGGCGGCGUUGGCCUCUGAACCGGAUCGGGGCAUGCUCGGAGCUGACACACACAGAGAGCAGGCCAUUUAGAGCGAGCACAGACACUGAUAGAAGUAGACCAGCAGCAGACCGUCACGAACACGGCUCCGUUUUUUAUCCAUGAGCUCAGUUGAUACUUCACAGUCACAUAGACGGUGUUGAAAAGGCACAUUACCCAAAGUUAAUAAGGACUUCUUACUUCAGACUCGCCCGUGGACCCAACAAUUGUAUUUUUUCUGCGAGGCGUGCUGGAGAUCACGACAUAGGGAUUUCUGGAAAGUAACCGUCACAUACAGGCUUUUUUUUUUGGAGUGUAACCCUACAGCAGAUGUUUUUCAGAGUUGCUCUGUUAAAGAUGUAAGCUGCCUGCAAGUGAAAGGCCUUUGGAAAUUUCUUCUUGAGUGCGCCAUCACCCAGCAGUGGGCCUAAAUCCAAUCUCUGCGGCACUGCACAGUCACAUGGAGGCUUAGUCAGCUAAUCCAUUCUGUGGAAAAAUAACACCCUGUUAGCUUGUGAGCUCCAACCCAGUGGACCAACGGAACACUAACCUGACUUAUGUCGAAUCUGAGGGGUCAGCGUGACUUGAGGACGCUCUAAAAUGUCCCUGAUACACUCAAAACACCAUAUCUGGGAUUUAUUCAGCUGCAGAGACCAAUGUCUGUAGUUUAAGAAUCAGUAAAAGUUUGUUCUUGUUGAUUAAUUUGGACGGUAUUAGGAUUCAUUGGCAUCUCUUACACUUGAAAGUCAUCAGCCAUAGCAGCACUUUAAUCCAUAAUAGAAUAUCUCAAUUUAUACUGGACGGAUUGGCACAAAAUACUGGGCAGAUGUUCAUAGUUCCAGGAAGAUCAACCCUUAUGAGUUUGCUGACCCCCUGACUUUUCCUCUUGCAACUUGUUCUGCAAUGGUUAAAGACUGACUGGCACAAAAAUCUGGACAAAUGUUCUAGUUCCCCUGAAGAUAGUAUUACUUCUUGUUCAAUCAACUUUUCCUCUAGCAGCAACAUCGGGCCAAAACCAUGAUUUGUUCCAUACUUUUGUUGCAUCAUGACUGUAGCAUACACUGUAAAGAUGGAUGGCGCUUCCUCUCAAUAUCUAGAAAUGAAGCUAAGAUAUCCUGGAUACGAAUGCUGCCAUCUUGUGCCAAUGACGCCAACUGCACGAUAGUGGUCAGGGAAAGGAGCCACGGUAUCCAGAGUCCCGCCCCGACCAAUCAAAAUCAUGACGUUUCACCCAAUUUUUACUGCAUCAAAUAACUAAUUAAAACCAAACAGACUAAAAGAAUGAACCCUUGAACAAACAUCAGUGUGAUAAUUGUGACUUUUGUCCUGUCCAUGUCCCAUCCACUAACAUGGAGGAGGCCGGGGUUAUGACCUAUACUGCAGCCAGCCAUCAGGGGACCAAUGAGAUGUUUUGGCUUCAGCAAAACCUCCAAAAGUCAGUAAACAGAAAAAUAAGCACUUUGAUAUUAAAAUCAAAUGUAUCCGGUGUUUCACCUGACAUGUGAAAGAAGGAUAAGAAAAAUAUACAGAUAACAAAGCAGACCCAGAGAUGUUAGAGAAAACAAUUAUGCAAGAGGUAAAUCUGCCACCCCCCCGUAAAAAAUGUUGCGUUUGACUGCGUACAGUACGUCUUUGUGCUUUGUCACGUUUGAACAGCGUGUUGAUCCCGGUGAGGCAGAAUUAGCAUGUUGUUUUGGGCCAGGAUGAUGUUAUUGGAGCAUGUCUACCUGUUCCCUCAUGCAUUACUAAUAGCCAAUCCCCAAGGAGCCCUAAUAAGGCUUUAGCCACAGCCACUAGGAACACAUGGAUCGUGGGGGGGGGGGGGGGGGGUCAAACACGUUGCGUAAGGAUUGUGGUGACAAUCGUUAAGUGGGGAAGAAAAGCCAAGUCUGUUAAUCAAAAUCGAACUGAACCUUCAGAGAUGUUUCGAUGGAAAGAUAUUGAUCGUGGAGGAAACAUUUAGAAAGUGGUGAAACCUUUUAUUUUUUCUCCUUGUUUACAUUGUGUAUUAGCACUGAUAUUUUUUGUAAGCACUCCUUUAUUUUCUCAGCCUUAUUUCCACAGUUUGUUACUGAUGUCCACGCAAUCUUUUUAUUUUUAUCUUUCAUUGAUUUGUACAGAUAGAAUGAAGUUUCAUAGGAGAUUUUGUUUUGUUUUUGUUGUUAUUAGCUCUGGAUAAAAGCUACAGAGAAAUCCAUGUCCGAUAAAAAGUCCACACACACCAUACUAAUUUUUGACAUAAAUAAAGGUGAAUUUUUUUCGUCUUUUUA